AUGUAUAUCGAAUCGUCCAUCUCCGCGAGUAACGGCCGACCGAGAAGUGGCUUACGCCGUGCGAGUCCAGGCCCGCCGUUGUCUCAGCCCCAGUCGCAGUCGUCGAGUGAGUUUGGUUUGAGCUUAGCGAGAACGGACUCGGGUGGCCGUACAAACACCGAUCUUUCCGAGACCUCCGAGGAUUAUGUCACUGCCAAUACUUCUACGGAAACCGGGACCACGACAGGUACAUCCGCCACGACCAGUUCCUGGUCGAGACCACCGCAGGCGUCCAGCGCCGCGGCGUCGGCGGCAUCGGCGCCCGCCUCGACCACCGCGACCGCCGCGGAGGGCAGUUCCUUUGAAAGCGCCAGCUCGAUCUAUAGCUUGGCGAGAAGCGAGGCUGUUAUCGAGGAGCCAUGUAGUCCACCGCCGAUUUUAGAGGAAACGGAAAUUGCAUUCGGAUUAGAACUAGCUCCACCGGCAAUGAGAUCCAGCAGCAGUAGUAGUUCGGGUAGCUAUGACCUAAAAGACGCGCUGGCGAUGGCCGAUCCAAAUAAUGAUUUGGAGCAGGCCGUUUCACCCAGUAGACACAUCUCAGAGACUGAAUUAGAUCGAGAUGAGGGUCAUCGAUCGUCAUCUGGCGGUUACGCCGAAUCGCCACCCGAUCCUCGUAUGUGGAGUGAAGAGGAACGUCGUCGGAAGAAGAAAACUUUCAGCCUGGAUUUCCUUGGAACCGCAAACAACGCCGAACAAGUGGAGCACAGCGUGGAGGCGGCGCAUCCGGAGAACGUCGAGGUCAGUCCGACGUCCAGCCAUCGUCACAGGUCGCGAAGCAAACUAACGUCAGCACGAAGUCCACACCGAAAUAACAGGAAGCGAGAUUCGGUGUCGACACAGCAGCAGCAACAACAACAGCAAGUGCUCAGUAGAAGUCCCCAAAGGGAAGAAUGGAGAGUGGAGCAGGUCGAGGACGGUCCUCACGUACCAACGUCCGACGACUCGAGCUGCAGUCAUCACUAUCACAUGUAUCAUCAUCACCAUCAUCAUAUGCACCGAGAGGGUGCGGAAACUGCAAGGCAUCGUCGGACCAGGGAAAGCCCCAGGCGAAAGACUAGUGGUCACCUUUCUACUCGGAGACGCAGCAAUGAGGACAAGAACGCUGCGUUAACGGGCAGUUUACCGCGAAGAAGAUCCCGCGUCGCGGACGAUAUAGUUUGCUCUAGUCGUCUGAGUCCCGGCCGUUAUCAGCGGAGUCCAGGACACAACGGCCAGCGGGCACUCGUGGUGGAGACACAAAGCCCAGAGACGAGAUUGAAGGCUGUGUCGGCGGAAUCGUUGAGAUCCGUCAGUCCGGGCAGUGAUAGCGUCUUUUACAGCGAGAGCGCCGAUCAACCCUGCGUUUCCAUUGCCGCUUUGGACGCCGCACACUGCCACCAUUGUGGCAGAGAGGUGUCGGAAGAGAUCGUUCGACCACCGGCAGGUUUCGCGGACUCCCCGGAAGGCCAUCGAACAACUUCCAAGCACGAGACAUCGCUUGUACAAGUUACGGGACAUCGUUUGUACAAAAAGUUUGACAAAAGGUACAGAUCGGAAGAUCGAGGAGACCGAAGGCAUCGUCGUAGCAGUGCCGGCAGAUCGGACAUCCGAGCCAAAUCAGAGGAGAGGGCCGCCCCGCGAUCAGGAAGCAGAGGCUCGAUCGAUGACACGGCCAUCGGCAGGAGAAGAUUGCAAGCUCGAAGUACCGAUGCCAGCAUGGAGAUUCUCACGGGAAGAGAAGACGAAGAUACUUAUAUGGAACCCUACACGAGCAGCGAGUGGAUCUAUAUUGGAGAUCUCGAAGAGAGCCACGUGUGGAAAGGACCUGACAGCAGAGAUGGUGACGAUGACGUUACGGAGAGCGUUCUCAAAGAGCGACGAGACUCCCAGGAAUCUACUGAGAGCGAAAAGAAUUUUGAGAAGAAGUACGAAAUUGUCACGCAUAGGAUGGUACAUCGAAAAAGCAGCGGUGAGAUGUACAAGAGGAUACAAACAAAAUGUUUUGGUAAGACAAGUGUUUUCAUAUCUCCCAGUUAA